AUGGGAGGAUACAGUAAGACGGAGCUGCAAGCCAAAGAGAAAACGCUCACCAAGAACCCCAUCGGCUGGCAUUUAGAUCUUAAACUUACCAGUUUCCAGAACACCACUCUGGUGCUGACGCAGCACCUGCUGCUGCGGCGCCUGCCGCACUGGACCUCCUUCUGCGUGCCCUACAGCGCCGUCCGCAACGACCAGUUCGGCCGCUCGCACUUCAACUGGCCGGUGCAGGGCGCCAACUACCAUGUCCUGCGCACCGGCUGCUUCCCCUUCAUCAAGUAUCACUGCUCCAAGGCCCCCUGGCAGGACCUGGCCCAGCAGGACCGCUUCUUCACGGCGCUCAAGGUCGUCAACCUCGGUGAGUGGCCCGGGCCGGGGAAGCUCGUCCCGCCGACGACGGCCCCGCUGUUUGCAAAGCACGCCGACCCCCCGCUCGCUCCGAGGCCUCCGGACCCCGGGAAUCCCAGCAAGUUCCUUUUGCUAACAGCACUGAAGGUUUUCACCAGUCAUAUUCGUUUGCUCAGAUGCUAG